AUAAUAUUUGUAGACAGCAAACUGACAAGGAACAAUAAUUUGAUGAUGGAUGAGCAGCUCCAAUUUCAAGAACAAGCUCCUUGGGCCAGUGAGCCUCCAGUCAGCACAGACUGGUACUCAUGGGACUCUGAGACAGUCCCAUCAGACCUGCCAGAGUUAUGUGAAAAGAAGGCUAUCCGCAUGGUGGCACGUAUCUAUCUUCCAAUCAUGGUUGUCCUGUUCUGUGUUCUGGGCUUUCUUGGCAAUGGGAUUUUGCUGUUAGUUCGUGCCCGUUACCAUCGAGUCCAAUUCCUUGGUGACAUCCUCCUCUUACAUCUGGCUAUCUCGGACUUGCUGCUUCUCUUGACUCUACCAGUGGGCGUGGCUGGGAUGAUGGGCACUUGGUACUUGGGAAUGACUGCGUGCCAGGUUCUGCAAGGCUUUCAUGCCCUGACCUUUUACAGUGGCUUUCUUUUCCUCAUGAGUCUUACCCUGGACCGCUACAUAACCAUAGUGUGGAUACCCAUUGCCCGCCGCAUGCGCCCCUCUGCCAGUUUCUGGGGCAAGCUUUGCUCUGGGUUGAUGUGGCUAUUCUCAGCAGCUCUAGCAGUGCCCAAUGUCAUGUAUGCUCAUGUGGAGGACUACAAGGGCUUUCACCUCUGCAGGGUGACUGUUGUUAGAACUACUGUUUGCUUAGUGCAAGUGGGCUUUGGUUUUGUGUUACCAUUCGCUAUCAUGGUAAUCUGCUAUGCAGCCAUCACACGUACUAUUUGGUCUUCUCCUUAUGCCCAGUCACACAAGGCCUUGUGGCUCAUUUUGGCCCUGGUAUUGCUGUUUUUGGUUUUGCAACUCCCUUAUGCCCUACUCACCUUAUUAGAUACAGCAGAUUUGAUAGGCCAGCAGGCAUCAAGCUGCACAGUAAGCCUUCAGCGUGAUCUUGCCCUCCUCAUUACCAGUGGCUUGGUUUUUGCUCGCUGCUGCCUAAAUCCUGUGCUUCAUACUUUCCUGGGGGUGCGGUUCCGUAACGACCUGCAAAGGUUAAGUAGGGAGUUUGGCUGCCUGGGGCAUUGGGCAUGCUGCAAUGAUAGACCCAGGAGUGGUAGCCGUUGUGCUUCAUUUACUACCCAUCUGGAAGGACUAUCAAGAACCCCAUGAAAACAUCAGCACUGCCCACCUCAAAAGAAUCUUGGCAUUCUGGAAGCCUG